AUGAAAGUUGCUCUAUAUGUUCAAAAGUUAGUACCUGGUGCUAAAUCUAAGUAUCCUGAGCUUGAAGUUAAGCAUACAACUACUACUCAACAUCUUCCAGAAACUUAUAAUAAAGAACAAAGCAAAUUUUUAUUUCUUAUACUUUACAAAUAUCAUAGUUAUGAUUAUCCUUUAUCUUUAAUUUGCAAUAUGAAUAAAACUGCUGUAUCUUUUAAUAUAACAAAUGCUACCACAAUUGAAGAAAAAGUAACCAAAACUAUAUCAAUUGUAUCAACUGAGCAUGAACGUUCAAUGUUUACUGUUGUUUUAGCUUGUUUAGCUGAUGGUACAAAGCUCCUACCUUUGAUUAUUUUUAAACUAGUCAAAGUACUUCGUAAAGAAUUUCCUAAUAAUGUUAUUGUACGCGUGAACUCUUCAGGAUAG